AUGCUCGUUCUAAUUGUUGGAGUCUCGGGCCAUCUUGGCCAGCAACUGGCUUCCGCUGCCCUGGCACGCGGUCUCCAUGUCAGGGGUUUGGGCCGCAAGCCCGAGAGCCUCAGCCCUGAGCUGCUUCAUAAACUCGAGUCCUUCGUCCAGAGCGUCUCCUACUACGACAUUCCAGCUAUCGAAAAGGCUAUGAUAGGUGUCGAUGCCGUCAUCUCUGCCUACUCGUCAUCCCCCGUCCUCGACCUAGACGCCAACCUCCUCCUUCUGCGUGCCGCCGAGCGAGCUCAAAUCAAGGUCUUCGUUGUUUCUUCAUGGAAUAAUGACUGGACGAACAUCAAAUUCGGCGACUUUGAGAACUACGACGCCCAUAUCGCCUUCGAGAAACAUGCCGCAUUGACUAGUCCUAUCAAGCCGGUGUAUUUCUUCACCGGUAUCUUCGCCGAUCUUAUCUACUCUCCGUACGGUCCCGGAGGCUUCGAUUUGACGGAAGGCAAGGGGAAGAUGUUCUAUUGGGGCAACGGUAACACUGUGAAGUACCCUUGGUCCGUCACGGAGGACAUCGCCGCAUGGACCAUCGAGAUCUUGAUAAACGGCAAGGGUGUCCAGGAAGGGAAGGGAGGAUUCUUCCGCUUCCGUUCUGGUGAGAAUACAGUAGAGGAAUUUGCAGCAAUCUAUGAGAAGGCUACUGGAACUAAGGUUGAUGUCGUCAACGGAGGAAGUCUGGAAGAUCUCGAAGCUGAGUUGGCAAGCGAUCGCGAAAGAAAAGGCAGGGCUGCUUGGUUUGAAUAUUUACCAAAGGCUGCUGUUCUUUUGGGGAACAAAGGAUCCUGGGAUUGGGAGGAAAGAGAAAACUUGGAUCAUGUGAGGGCUCCUACUUCUUUGGAAUCAUGGCUGAAGACGCAGCAGAAGUAG